AUGCAAGUAGCAUCAUCGCAACAAGCAUAUUCCAAUAGCGCCCUAGUCCCCAAGUCGGUUUCUUUGCGUCCAUCGCUUCAACAUAUGGUUCAGUUGCGUUUCCUCUACGAUUUUGCAAGCCCACAAGACCGUGUUGCAGAGAUCAGAGGCUCGCUCGAUCAGAUUCCUCAAAUGAUGGCAGACUCGUCGCCAAACUCAUGGUUUCAUUCUGCAUUGUCAGCGCUUUCACUGGUAAACUUUGGUGGCAGGCUCAAGUCCCAAGAGGCCAAGGAUGCUGCCGUUGUGUUCUAUAACGAUGCCCUCGGUCGAUUUGCAAGCGUAAUGUCUAAAUCUACUGCUGGGAAGAUUAAGAUGGAGGAAGUCCUCUUCGGUAUUUUCCUCCUGGGCAUUUACGAAGUUAUGACCUCGACAGAUUUUGAUGGGAUUUACGCUAUCCACCUGCGGGGAGCCAUUUCCAUCCUGGAACAUUUUUGGGAGGGCGGCGAGGGGAGCAAACGACUUGACAAACCCUGUUAUGCGCCCGUCCUCCACAUGCAAACCCUCAUAUUUUGUCUCGCCAACAAUGAGCCACCACCAUCGUUUCUUGCUGAUAUGAAACUACAUGCAACAAGCGACCCCAGAUCCGACUUGACCACUCUUAUGCACAAAGCCUGUCAAAUGCGAUAUGAUCUCACGCAGCAGUCUUCAUCAAUUGAAAAUGAGAAACCGAACGGAAACCUAUCACAGAAACUGCACCCACGACUCCAGGAGCCUAUGGAUCUUGAUGAAGCGCUGGAAGAGUGGUAUCAGCGAAACACCAGCCCCGGGGAAUGGGCUUCAACCCGAAUUUGCCCCGUAAACGCUCACAGCCGGCCACAAUGGGCUCGAGAGCUCUUCAGCCUCUCAGGCUCUCCAACCGAAAUGCUCAUAUACGAUAGCUUCCUCGCCGCAUUAUCCACAAACCUCUACCGCGGUACUCGUCUAUUGCUAAAUCUCGCUAUCCUCGAGUGUGCUCACCCGAGUGUCGACUCAUUACGCUCCGAUACCAAUACACCUGGAAUUGAUGAGUCUAUUGUUUCGUCUACUGCUGCACUGCUGAUGGAGAUCAUCAAUGACCUUUGUAUGACUGUGCCGUCCAUGCUUCAAUUGACGGCAACUGGUGGUCUGGAUGACCCGCAAUCGACAGAAGAGUUGUACAGCCUCAGAGGCAUGCUGAUGCUAUGGCCUCUUUCUGCGGCUAUGGCAUGUUUGCAAAACAAACAUGUUCAGAAAUUGGACGUUGAAUUUAGGCGAGGCUGGGUGCAAGGUGUACUCGCAUUCUUAAAGAAUUCGAUGAGUUUAGCAAAGGCACAAGCGUUCAUUACAAAGUACAGCUAA